UGUUGUCUCCCUCCUCUCCCCCCCCACACCCUCGUAAGAUUGCAAGGGCCGCCUAUAAAUUAUGACAAAGCAAACCCCGUCCUCCCGCCCGGAUUCCGCUUCCAUCCAACCGACGAAGAGCUCAUCCUCUACUAUCUCCGUAACCGCUCUGCAUCGUUGCCUUGUCCCGUCCCUAUCAUUGCAGAAGUCGACAUUUACAAGUGCGAUCCGUGGGAUCUCCCAGACAAAGCCAUGUUCGGUGAUAAGGAAUGGUACUUCUUUAGCUCGAGGGAUAGAAAAUACCCUAACGGAGUCCGGCCGAACAGAGCAGCGGCAUCCGGGUAUUGGAAGGCGACCGGAACCGACAAGCCGAUCGUUGCGAGUCGAGGGAAUGAAAACAUUGGCUUCAAAAAAGCCCUGGUGUUCUACAAAGGGAAACCUCCUAAGGGCGUCAAGACUAAUUGGAUUAUGCAUGAGUAUAGACUCUCGGAGGCGAAGAAUAAGACCAAUUUAAGGCCUGUGAAGCUCAAAGACUCGCCGAUGAGGUUGGAUGAUUGGGUGCUUUGCCGAAUUUACCAAAAGAGUAGCCAUCUUCAAGAAGACUCAAAUGGGAUUGAAAGCCCCAUUUCAAAUACACAUAACUCUACACAAGAGAAUGACCUCAUGAUGCACAAAUCCUUCUCUUUAUCAGAGCUACUCAAUGAGGCAGACUUCUCUUUGCUCUCUAGAUUGCAUGAAACUCCAACUGAACUAGAGAUGGCGCCCGUAUUGGAUAAGGCUUCAUUUGGGUACACAAAUCUGAACCAUCCCUUCAUCAAUAUGCACCCAUUUUCAGAGACAGAGUCAUCAUCAGUUUCUAUUACUGAGAACAGUUUAAAGAGGCGGAGGAUUGGAGAAGAGGGGCCGAAUUAUUACCCAGCAUCUAAGAAGAUCAAUAAUAAUUCAUGGGUUUAUACAAACUUUCCCAAUCAAUUUGAUAGCCAGAAUUUCUACAGCCAACACUUGCUUCUCAACCCUCAAUAUGGGGAUGCAGUAUAAAGAAAAAGGAGGGAAAAUGGUAGAAGUAAGUGGAGAGAAUAAGUUCCCAUUUGAUUAGUGAUAGGCUUCCUAUUUUUGUAUAGAAGUUUGUGUGGUUAAGAUUAA